UGAGGUUUUUAUUUGGCUUGUUAUGUUUGAAAAAAAGAGCUUGUGAAUAAGCUCGUCAACAACAUACUGACAGUGAAGUGUGGCGGUGGUAGCAUCACUGGACUGCUUCUUUGCAGUAGGUAUUGGGGCAUUACACAAUAAGCCAAAUUUUCAGGAAAUGAGCUAUUUCAACAAGAUGUACUGAAACCUGAACUGUCAUGCCAUGUUCUUCAUGUGUAUUAAAAGCUUUACUUCAACUAUGAAAAAAGUAACAUAAAAAGCUAGCAAUUAAAAUGAGCAUUUAGGGAUCAUUCAUAUAAUUGUAUAUGCUUAUUAAUUUGUUGUUUUGUGCAUGUUUUAGCCCAUGGAGAAUAGUAGAUGACUGUGGGGGUGCAUUUACUAUGGGGGCCAUCGGGGGUGGGAUUUUUCAGCUUGUCAAAGGUUUCCGAAAUGCACCUGUGGGUGUCCGACAUCGUCUGAGAGGCAGUGCAAAUGCUGUGCGCAUCAGAGCACCUCAGAUUGGUGGUAGUUUUGCUGUGUGGGGAGGCCUUUUCUCCACCAUAGACUGUGGCCUGGUACGACUCAGGGGAAAAGAGGACCCAUGGAACUCCAUUACUAGUGGAGCCAUGACAGGAGCAAUUCUGGCAUCACGCAGUGGACCCUUGGCAAUGGUGGGCUCUGCCAUGAUGGGGGGAAUUCUGCUGGCCCUGAUUGAAGGCUUUGGCAUCUUGCUUACCAGAUAUACAGCACAGCAAUUUCAAAAUCCAAAUCCAUUUUUAGAGGAUCCCAGUCAACUUCCCUCAAAAGAUGAAAGUCGGGGACAGUAUCAGUAGAACUUUGUUGCCAUGCUGACUGUGACAGUAUUUAUUCUUAUUGAACAGGGAGGCUUUAGCACCUUAUAAACUUUAAAAUUUUAUUAUUACUAUCAUUAUUAUGUUGUUGUUGCAGUUUACAUGGUUUAAAAUGGUAUGGCAUAGUUACAAAUGGAAAUCAUGCCGAUUGAUAACAUUAGGGACCUCCUCCAACAGUCUAUCAAGCGUACAGUACUGUUUCUAAUACCACCCCAAAAUUCACUUUCUGCAAUGUUUUGCUCUAUUUAAAAAAUGUCUUUAAAUGUUAUUAGUUAAAAUAAAUGCCUGUGCAUGAUUUCUUAGGUCUUGAUAUGUAUUAUUUUUGUAGGUCUGUUCAUGCACAAUAAUGUAAUUGUACAAAUAAAAGUAUUUUAUCAAUUA